UGCCUACCUUCUCUGUCAAUCAAACUUCUUCAUUUGCUUAUUCCUCCAAUACUUCCCACUUUUAUUUCAAACUUUCUUGAACUUUCAUAAAGCAACAACCGUCAUCGCUGACACCACAAUAUGCAGCGGUGCUAUAAAUACAAGACCAAUUCACUUCAUUCAACGCAACUCUAAUCAACACUGCAUUUCGAUUCAUCAAAUCAAAUCAAUGGCCACUGUCACCGUUCGUCCUCCCGCGCUAACUUCAACUUCGGAGCCACCUCCGAUUUUUGAUGGAACCACCAGGUUGUACAUCAGUUAUACUUGCCCCUUUGCACAACGUGCAUGGAUCACUAGGAACUACAAGGGACUACAAGACAAGAUUGAGUUGGUUCCUAUUGACCUUCAAAACAGGCCUGCAUGGUAUAAGGAAAAAUUAUAUCCUGAGAAUAAGGUGCCAUCUUUGGAGCAUAAUGGCAAGGUAUUGGGAGAAAGUCUUGAUUUAGUCAAAUAUCUUGAUGCCAACUUUGAAGGAACACCUCUCUCUCCCAAUGAUCCUGCCAAGAAAGAGUUUGCUGAGCAGUUGUUAACCCAUGUUGACACCUUUGUCAAAGACUUGUUUGGCUCAUUCAAAGGGGAUACUGUGCAACAAGCCAGUUCUACUGUUGACUUCUUGGAGAAUGCCCUUGGUAAAUUUGAUGAUGGGCCAUUCCUUCUUGGUCAAUUCAGCUUGGUCGAUAUUGCAUAUGUUCCGUUCGUUGAAAGAUUCCACAUUGUCCUUGCUGAGUUGUUCAAGUAUAACAUCACUGAAGGAAGACCUAAGCUUGCAACAUGGAUUGAGGAGCUGAACAAGAUUGAUGCUUAUACACAGACAAAAGUGGAUCCUCAAACACUUGUUGAUAGUUACAAGAAAAAAUUUCUGCUUCAACAGUGAAACUUGAAUUGCAGCAACCUUCAUUUGAGAUACUCCAAUAAAGCAUCUUUUGUAUUAUGGGAUGCAUCUUCAAUCAAAUAUUGGUGUUAUAUAGAUUAAUGCCAUGGUUAUGUUUCACUUUCCAGCUUGUUUGUUUGGUGUUGUAAUAAUGAUUGUGUUCCAGUUUGUGAUCACUGAUCAGAAUAUGCUGUUAUCCUAUGUUGAUAAUAAUACUUAAUAAACUUUGAUACUUUCAA